GCGGCGGCAGCGGCGGAGGAGGAGGCGGCGGGGCCGCUGAUGCGGCGGUACGAGGGUUCGGCGCGGGGCCGCGGCGUGGCGGCGGACGGCUGGCGCGUCUGCUUGGCCCACCGCUUCGAGGAGCCACGGCAGCCCUACGGCGCCACCGACGUGCCGUUCCGUGACGUCCUGCGGCAUAUCGGCAUGGCCUUGCGAUACUUCAGGUGGUGGUAUAAGAAGACCCGCAUAGAGAAGAAAUCUGCCUUCAUCGACCUCUUGUGUGCUGUUCCUCUACAGCAGAUCUAUGGGUGCCCUCUGGGUGGGAUUGGGGGAGGCACCAUCACCCGUGGCUGGCGAGGCGAGUUCUGCCGCUGGCAGCUGAACCCCGGCCUUUACCAUUACGAAACAGUGAUUGCCAACCAGUUCACGGUGUGCCUGCGUUGCAAGGGGCAGACAGUUUACCAGCAGGUCCUCUCUGUGGAGAGACCCAGCACUCUGCAGGGAUGGAACUGGGGCUUCUGCGGCCACUAUGCCUUCUACCAUGCUCUGUACCCCCGUGCCUGGAUGGUCUAUGAGCUCCCGGGGCAAAAUGUGGUUCUCACUUGCCGCCAGGUCUCUCCUGUCAUCCCCCAUGACUAUAAGGACUCCAGCCUGCCGGUGGGAGUGUUCAUCUGGGAGGUGGAGAAUGGGAGGGACGAGGAAGUGGAGGUCUCCAUCAUGUUCAGCGUGCAGAAUGGCAUGGGAGCAAAGGAUGACAGGAGCGGCGGGCACUGGAACGAGCCCUUUGCCUUUGAGAAGGAGGGUGAGCGGGUUGCUGGAGUCCUGCUGCAUCACUGCAAACAUGUUAACCCCUUCACCCUUGCCAUCUCUGCCCGGGAGAAGCCUGGCACAGAAGUCACCCACCUCACAGCAUUCAAUCCAAUGGGAUCAGGUAGAGAGGUGUGGCAGGACCUACUGCAGGAUGGCAAGCUGGAUUCCCCUGAUGGUAAAAGCAAACUGACAGAGAAGGGGGAGGUGACAGCAGCAGCGGUCUGUGCCAGUUGCAAGGUGCCUGCCCAUGGUCACAGGACGCUGGAGCUGGCCCUGGCUUGGGACAUGCCCUGUGUUCACUUUGGCUCCAAGGAGAAGCUGCACCUCAGGAGGUACACACGGUUCUUUGGCAGUGGAGGUGAUGCUGCUCCUGCCCUGUCGCACUAUGCCCUGAUUCACUGCGAGGAGUGGGAGAGGAAGAUCGAAGCAUGGCAGAAACCUAUCCUGGAAGACAGCCAGCUGCCUUCCUGGUACAAGUCGGCCCUCUUCAAUGAGCUGUACUUUGUGAUGGAUGGGGGGACCAUCUGGGUGGAGCUGCCCCCUGACUGCUGUGCAGAGGACCUGCAAGGGCCGGCGGGGAAUGGCCUCUCCCACCUCCUCCCUGUCCUGCGGGAGUACGGAAGGUUUGCUUAUUUGGAAGGCCAGGAGUACCGGAUGUACAACACCUAUGAUGUCCACUUCUACGCCUCCUUUGCUCUUGUCAUGCUGUGGCCCAAGCUGCAGAUCAGCCUGCAGUAUGACAUUGCUGUCACUGUGUUCAAUGAGGAUGUCCAGCCCCGGCAGUACUUGAUGUGUGGUCAGACAGCCCAAGUGAAGCUGAAGAAUGUGGUACCACAUGACAUUGGGGACCCAGGUGAUGAGCCAUGGCAGCGUGUCAAUGCCUACCUGAUGCAUGACACAGCCAGCUGGAAGGACCUCAACCUGAAGUUUGUGCUGCAGGUGUACCGAGACUACUACCUGACACAGGAUUCUGUGUACUUGCGGGACAUGUGGCCAGCCUGCCAGACUGUGAUGGAGUCAGAGAUGAAGUUUGACACAGAUAACGAUGGGCUCAUUGAAAAUGGUGGCUUUGCUGACCAGACGUAUGAUGCGUGGGUGGUAAAUGGAGCCAGUGCAUACUGUGGUGGGCUGUGGCUGGCAGCUGUCUGCAUGAUGUGCAAGAUGGCAGAGGUGCUUGGGGAUACUGAGAUCCAGCAGAAGUACCGGGACAUCCUGAGCAAGGGCAAGGAGGCAUUUGAGAGGAUGCUGUGGAAUGGAAAAUACUACAACUAUGACAGCAGUGGGACCGAAACCUCCAGCAGCAUCAUGUCAGACCAGUGUGCUGGGCAGUGGUUUCUUGGGGCUUGUGGUCUUGGCCAGGGGGAAUAUGAGGUUUUCCCCAAGAGCCACGUCAUCAGUGCUCUCAAGACCAUUUUUGAGAAGAACGUCAUGAGCUUUGCUGGUGGCACCAUGGGAGCAGUGAAUGGCAUGAGGCCUGAUGGGGUUCCUGACACCUCCAGCUUGCAGUCCGAUGAGGUGUGGAUUGGUGUAGUCUACACCUUGGCUGCCACCAUGAUCCAGGAGGGGCUGGUGGAGGAAGGCUUCCGUACAGCAGAGGGCUGCUACCGGACGGUUUGGGAACGUCUGGGCAUGGCAUUCCAGACACCAGAGGCGUACCGGGAGAAGAAGGUUUACCGCUCUCUGGCUUACAUGCGGCCCCUCAGCAUCUGGAGCAUGCAGCUGGCCCUGGAGCACAGGGCUGGUCGGACACCAGCAGCCCCACAGCCCCCCCAGGUCCCCACCCACCCCUGAGCCUGGUGGCACUGCAUUGGGGCAGUGGGUCCUCCCAGGGGCUGGGUGGGACCCUUCCCUUCUUUGAUAAUACUCACAUUGCUGCUUUCCUUCCCUACCUCCACUACAUGCCCUUCACCUCAGGGGGGCCUCCAGCCACUGAUGCUGAGCACGAGGGAGGAUCUGAGGUAUACAUGGUGUCUCCUUGGAGAGGAGAAGGUUGGGAUAAGGAGGUGCUGCUGGAGCCUGUGCCUCUCCUUCCCCAUCACUCAGGGCUCUGACAGCCUGUAGGACCCCCAGCCAUCCUCCAGGGGAGCUGGUACCUUGCCUGGGAGCACAGGAGACCACUCCAGCAGUCAGUAAGGCUGGGUAAGGGGAUAGCUGGCCUGCUGGCCAAAAAAAAAGUGUGUGGGUGUAUGUGCGUGUGAAGAAUGGUGCACACAGGCGUGUGGAUGCUGUAGUUGUCCCUCUGUGGUGUGACACUGCAAACACAGUGUCCCAAGGCAGUGCCCCAAGGCACCAGCCCCAGGGAAAUGUGUGGCAAUACAAUUCCCAGGGGAGCCCCAGCUCCCCAGCCCAUGACAAUCGGAGCCCAAGCAGCAGGUCCUGGUCUGGCACCAUGGAACCCCUCCCUGCUGGUGCCGGGGGAGGGCAGCAAAGCACGUUUUAGGGGAUAAAUCAUUGUAUGUUCUAAAUAAAUCUGUCCAGCUGUUUCU